CUCCGCGCCUUUUGAGGAUGGUGCCAGCGCAAGCAGCAGCGAGCAGGGGUGCGGGAGCGGCGGCCGUGGCGACGCGUCCCCACAGCAGCCGCCGCCGCAGCAGCAGCAGCAGGAGCAACCGCAAGAGCAGCGGCGGCGGCAAGGCGACCGGCCGCCCUCGCCGGCAGAGCGGCUCCUCCUGCGCACCUUGGAGAGCGAGGCGGCCGGCGGCGCGCCGCGCCCCGAAGGCAGCAAACGCAGCGGCGGCGGCGGCGGUGGCAGUGGCGUGGCCGGGGCGGUGGCGGCGGCAGCAGGCAUGGCCUGCGGGCUCGCGGCGAUAGGGUGCGGGGGCUACGUUCUGCGGGAGCCAAUCCGGGUGCUCCUGAAUUUUUUCAUCAGCGCCGUGGAUGAGUGGGGCAUCUGGGGGUACGUCGCGUACGCACUCGUCUACGCUGGCCUCGAGGUGAGAUAG